CGAAUACCUGCUAUGAAAUCUGUGCUGCACGUCCUUUUUCUCCCAACUCUUUUCAAGAGUAACACUCGCCGAGGCACAGAUGCUCCAGGAGAAGUACCCAAGUGCACUCUACCGCGAAUGUGCGAUUGUUAACAUGCGGAUACUAAGUCCUGCGAUGGCUGACGCUGCCGAUGCACAGACGCAGGCCAUGGACUUAGAGUACAAACGAGCUUCUGGGUCCGCAACAUAUGGGACGAAUACGUUCCACAAACUUCUCGAGCUAUGGAGGAUGAUCAUGAAUAGCACCGAGCGGCGUGAAAAUCAUACCGAGGUCUCUCGUUCAAAGGCGGUGCCUUUGUUUCGUUACUACACGUCCGUUGACUGUUGUCUCACAAUCGUCUACCGAGGACAUCUGCUAAAACGCCUUGAAUGUCUUCAACAAUUACAAUCACAAAAAACUGUCCCUGAUGUCGUUGUUCGCAAAGGAGAUGUAUCCGGAAACCUUGAUUACGUGUAUGUCUCGCUGCAUCCGCACUGUGGACCUCAGUCUCUCGACCCGAUGUUCUGCAACAGCUCUUGACCGAUAUCAAUUACCUUCGUCAUGGAGCCGUGCUGGAAGGGGUGCGCAGUCCUCACAUUAUUUUCCAGGAAGGAGAUGAAGACCGUGCACCCCCCCUAUUGCGCGAAUGGUUCCGUGCUCACAAUUUCGCCUUCCAACAAGAUCGAAUGCGCAAUCUCGGUGAACAGCUUCGCAUCUCCUUCGACCUCUUGCGUUCAGAGGACAAUAUUAACGGUGAAAAAGUAUCUCACGAU